GCGGCGGCAACUCAGAGCGUUCUACGGUUAAUUUACUUAAUAUUAUUUACUAUUUGUACCCCGCCACCCUGUCGAGUGCUCUGCCCUCCCCCUUCGAUUGUGGCUUUGUUGCACUGCUCCUCUGCCUGGUCGUUGUCGCUUGUAUUCGGAUAUCAAAGUGAGCGCUGAGCCAGCAAACAAAAACACAAACAAUUACCUGAAAUUCAAAGUUUCAGAAAUUCUUUCGUAUCUAUAAAGAAGUGUGAGCAAAACUGAAAGCAAGAGAUGACUACUCAGACGUUGCAGAGACAAGAGAUAUCGCCGGCGAAGCGCGCCGCGUUCCAGGUGAUGGCCGGCGGAUCGGCUGGCUUCCUGGAGGUCUGCAUCAUGCAGCCACUGGAUGUGGUCAAGACGCGCAUACAAAUCCAGGCAACACCGGUCGUCACGGCUGCCGUCACUGAGGUCCACUACAAUGGCGUCUUUGAUUGCUUCUCAAAGAUGUACCGGCAGGAGGGUAUCAGCUCGUACUGGAAGGGCAUCAUGCCACCAAUCCUGGCGGAGACACCGAAGCGCGCCAUCAAGUUUCUGGUGUUUGAACAGACGAAGCCGCUGUUUCAAUUCGGAUCGCCGACACCCACGCCGCUCACCUACUCGCUGGCUGGCCUGACCGCUGGCACCCUCGAGGCCAUUGCCGUGAACCCGUUCGAGGUGGUGAAGGUGGCCCAGCAGGCGGAUCGCCAGAAGAAGAUGCUCAGCACCUUCGAGGUGGCGCGCGGCAUCGUCCAGCGCGAUGGUCUCGGCCUGAAUGGCCUCAACAAGGGCGUCACCGCCACCAUGGGCCGCAACGGAGUGUUCAACAUGGUCUACUUUGGGUUCUAUCACAGCGUGAAGAAUGUGGUGCCCGAGAACGAUGACAGCACCCUGGAGUUCCUGCGCAAGGUGGCCAUAGGCUUCACGGCCGGCACACUGGCCUGCUUCGUGAACAUCCCCUUCGACGUGGCCAAGUCGCGCAUCCAGGGCCCCCAGCCAGUGCCCGGUCAGAUCAAGUACCGUGGCACCCUCAGCUCCAUGUUGACUGUCUACCGGGAGGAGGGCUUCCGCGCCCUCUACAAGGGCCUCGUGCCGAAGAUCAUGCGCCUGGGACCCGGCGGCGCCAUUCUCCUGCUCGUCUUCGAGUACUCUUAUGAGUACCUCCUGAAAAACCACUCCUAGUCGCAUGCCCAAACACCAGCCAACCAACCUACAGCAUAAUUCUAAGAUCUUUUUUUUUUGCUAUAUAUUUUGAUACAUAUAUAUUCACACUAGGUACUAAAUAUUUGAUGGAUCGAGCAGAUCGAGCAGUGGAAUGAGGAAGCCUUUUGAACACA